AUGGCGCAGCUUUCGCUGGCUAUUGCGAUCUGCCAGCAGGAGCCCAUGUGGCUGGCAGCCAUCGUGACGUUCGUCGCUUGCUGCUGCCUCCAAGCGCUCUUCUCCUCCAGCCAGGUACCAGUAGCCCAUGGCGUCUCUGAGCCGCCAUUCCCGGCCCUCGUGUCGCUGACGCGCCGGAAGCCACGCGACGUCACGACGCCACGACGCAUGGCCCAACAUCUGGCCGUCGUUUUGGACGCGCCCGAGCUCGUACUCAAGAUCGCCGAGUUCGUCCGAUGCCCGUUCUCGCUCUCGGCGCUGCUGCACAUGGUACCGGCGACUGCGCUCUCGGCGCCGUUCCAGACGUACCUUGCACUGCAAGCAACGACGCCACCGACGCAUCUCUGGCCGCACGUCCACGCACACGUGCUGCUGCCGGGCUCGCAAGCGCGCUUGCUCCAGCUAACGCCGAUCGCUCGGGCAUCGUCGACCGCGGACGUCGCCAAGCUGCCGGCGACGACGCCCAUUAUGGUGGACGCGUACACGACGAUGACGACCGCAGCGUCGUGGAGCGGCCACCGCCUCGUCGCCUGCGCGCUCACGCUCUCCAGCGCGGACACGGAAGCCGACAUGCUGCGCGUCGCGUCGUGGCUCGAGACGGCGCCGCAGCUGCGCUCGCUCUCGCUGCGCAUCUCGUCGGUCAACUUUGCCCGCGACGGCUGCCGCGCCUUGGUCGACGCGAUCGGUGCGUCCCGCUCCCUUGAGGAGCUCGCGCUGCACAACGAUGGCGGCGACGCGCGCUACACGGCUGCCUUUGUCUCCGCGCUCCAGUCGCUUCUGGCGACGGCGCAGCUGGUGCGCGUGCGGCUCACGAGCCUCGGGCUCCCCCAGCGGGCGACCGAAACCGCGCUCUCGACAGCGCUGCGCAAGUGCCCUUCGCUCCGAGCGCUCGAGCUCCACUCGAUGCUCGGGUUCGCGACGACGUUCUGGGAGGAGCCGCUGCCACGGACCUUGCGGCACCUCGUGCUCCACUCGAGCUCGCUCCUGCGGCACGCCGGUUACACGGACCAGCUCAUCGCGGCGCUGGCGCAUGCGCAGCUGACGCACUUGACGCUUGACCGCAAGCACCCGAUGUCGCCCGAGCACGAUACGAAGAUGGCGCAGGUGCUGCGCGUGCUGCCGACGUUGCCGCGCCUCUCGCACGUGAGCUUGACGUUCCUGAGCCUCGGGCCCGAGUCGGCCGCGGCGCUAACGGCUGUGCUGCCGCAGGUUCGCGCGCUCGAGGCGCUGCAGCUCAAAAGCAUUGCGUGGGGCGGCGGCCGAAGCACGCUCGAGCGACUGCUCGUCGACGUUGCGCCGCGCUGCCGCCGACUGCACCGCGUUGCCCUGCGCAACGUCACGGUGACAUGCCCGGCCAUGUGGCAAGGCUGCGCCUCCUUGCGCUUCAUGUGUCUUCGAGGCAGCGACGGCCCGGGCCCCGACUCUGGCAUCCGCGUCUGCUGCGCCAACGGCGAGAAAGGCAGCUGCAUCUUUGCAGACGACGACCUACUGCCUUGGGACGGGGCUCUGGACGAUAAUACCCUCUGAGUUCUAGUUGAUUCCUAUAGUUUGUAACAUUUCCAGUGGACAUCUUGUCAUGCC